AUGGACAUUGCCAAGGAAGAUUCAUGGACAACCUGCGUCGAUCCAGGCAACAGAGAACCAGGUGGGGUUUCCAAAGCGGAUGGGCGGCUCAAGAAAGAUACGGGUCAUCGUCCGCGCGCGACGACCCUCGCUUCCAAACUCGCUACACGCGAUUUGGGAAUUGCACUCUCCGACGCGGUCCGCCUAUUGCGGUAAGCAGUUUGAGUGGCUGUCACCGGCUUGAGAGACCGUUGUCGAUCCAACGAAGCUUGAGGGGCUUCACGCACGCACCAAGUGCGUGCAGGGCUGGUCCUCGUGUGGCUGACAAGUGCAGACGAGAUUAGACGUCACGGGCUUACGCGUGCAAGAGCACUUUCGAUCGUUCGGGCUUUUGUUCCUGUUUGGCGCGAAAAAGCUGUUGUGCUGUACCGUACAUAGCUCCAACUUCACAUGAGGCCCAAGCGCGGAAGAGAGUGAGAACAUCGCCAUUCACAUCCGCUACAGACGAUUCGCGUAUUCGGCACCCGAGUCGACACGCUAGCAGGAACAAUGGGCGUCGAAUCGGCGGUCGACCGUUGGAUUAAGGCACUGAAGUGACACAACAAGAAUAGGUACAUCGGCGCGGAGAUGCGAUCACGAAACGAAGCACGAACGGUAGCAGCUUUUCAGAUUCGCAACUUUUCUUUCGAACAAGGCCAAGAAUGUCUGGGCGUGCGAAAGCUCGCGUUCACAACGGGCUCGAUCGAGCUGGCCGGUCUUGUGACUUACUUCGGCAAUCACAAUGUCACACUCAAAGUCUUCCUGACCUUCGUCUCUGCAUGCCCAUCGAGGUCGGAACCGGGCGGGGCUGGUACAUUACAGCCGGCACGAAAGCAGCCUCGGAGUCGUUUCGAAGCGGAUGUACCAGAGCGAGGUAGUAGUAGCGUCUUGCGGUCAGGAGGUCCCAUUGUUUCGGGUGGAGCGCCAGCUCAGCGAGCUCAGUUGUGCGACUGAUGAGCUUCGGAGGUGAUUGAACAUGGAUGUGCUGCCGCCUUACUCUGCCACCGAGCCGUUGUGCAGCUCACCAAAGAAGGAGGCAACAGCGGAGCUCAAGAUGGUAAACACAGUCGGCCGCAUGCACUGCACGCAGAUGUAUGUGCUGUACUGUAUGCUGCUGUACAGCACAAUACGCGGGGCAACUUUCAGGCGCGGCCAUAUGCGAUGGAGGACGCUCUCUGCUGAUGAGCUAGCUGCUAAUCGUGCGCAAAAGUGCCCGCGGACGCUCACUGAAAGGUUCACGGGGGCCAAAACAAACAAAUCAAACACACAUGCCAUGCGGUCGCAAUUUCAGAAUUGCGCUUCAGCUCGCGCGCUUUGCAUUGCGUUUGGGAAAUUGCAGAUCGAUCUCCACAAGCCGCCGUCACCUCGACGUCUGAUCUCGGCAAAGUGCCUCGAUUCUCUUGCAAAGCGAAAGAGGACCAAGGAGUCUAGAACCAGUGUUCCCACUAUCCUCGUAGAGAGCAGAAAGAAAGGUCUUCUCUGCGAGGUUCGCAGUCCGAGGGGAACUCGCUAAUCAAGCGCUUGCUGGAGCUUUGCAGCGGCUACGGCCUAGCCGCGCCGCUUUCAUGUGAGGCAGCGUAUGCAGGAAGAGAACGCAUUGAAAAGUGUUCUUCGUUGCGGCCAAGUAGCGCGGAUACAGAGAGGCUGGACACCAUAACAGAGGCACGGUACUUGAUGUGGCUUACACUUGCUGCCCAGCCUAGGCGCACAAACCUUUUCUCACGCAAAGCAGCCUUUCGCAUGCAUUGCACUUCAUGACAGGGCACAGAGAAUGCUCACAGAGAGGCAAUUCCGGGGCGAACAUGAUGACGAAGGCUGAACGGCCUUGUAGAUACAACGGUGCCGUUCUUCUAUCUUCGCAGCAGAGAGUCCUUGCGCGAGCCUUGUGUCCAGCUGAUUAUGACUGCAGGCUCGGCCUUUGACGCAGCUCUCGCCUUUGUCGCAUGCAUCAACUCGCCUGCGAACUUGCCCCCUAGCUCCAUCUUUGCUGCAAGCCGACUCGCUCCCUCGACCACAUGCAGCGAGCGCAUGGCACCGAUUCCCACAUGCACUGAUGACCUGCAAAGUGUUGCUCUUUCUGCGGUGCGUGACCAGCAUGCGAGCAUGCGAAUUUCUUCUUGCUGACGUCGUCGAGCUCAGGCAGGCUGCCUUCAGCAUCUGUCGUUACUCAUCAGCCUUUUCGCCAGAUGCCAGAACUUGCGAGGAAGUGCCGGUCCACCGCUUCGCUCCAUGCAAGAAGGGUCGCGGGUGGAGAGGCGCCUUGACCAUGGUGUUCCUGCCUUCGGAACAUCGGACGAGGACUUGGCCCGUCGCAUUCGCGUUCCAGUCGGUGUCACGAUUGGGUGGAUGGUACUCGCAGUCAAAGUGAGCAAGGCACACCACGAUUGAUCAAAGACACCACGGUUGAUGAUUCCAACACGCAUGCACCACCCGCGAGGGACCUACCACCAAUAGCAGAAAGCACCUCUUCGCAUUCUCGCUCGCUUCUUAGCCCUCGCCCCACCUAUCUUCCUUGCCCUCAUUCAGCUUCACCUUUUCAUCUCUACGGAUCUUGACACCACUGGCCUUCGCUGCACAGGGCUGUCAAAUGCUCUGAGGACGGUAUAUACUCUUCCAAGAAACCGCAGCCUGCGCGUCGGUGUCGCCCAAGUACUGCGUCCCGCCGACGGUCUCGAUAAUCUGCACCACGGCGGGCGAACACAAACAGGGGCGCUUUCCGCGCCACGAAUGUUUGAUGCAACAACAAUAGCUCAUGGAGGCCGUCCAGCCCCCCGUGUCUCACUUGCGGCACCUUUCGCUUCUGGCCCAUCCAUCUACUUCUGAUAGUCAGUGAGUUGUUUGUGCCGUCUAUGGAUGAUGGAGUGGCUGUUCGAGCACGCUACCUUCCAAGUGGGCAGUUCGCCGUUCAUGCAUGCAUUUGAUUUCGUGACGCGCUACUUGAACCUUAUUCAUGUGGCUGCGGGUUGAGCCCGAACCGGAAGAAUGGAUGGAUCAUUGUUCUAGAGGCGAACGACACCGGUCGAAGCGCUAUGGCGCUGUCCACGCUACGCUCUCAAGCUGACAUCACGUUUGGGAUCGACCUUUGCAGGUUUACGUAGGCGACGGUAGCGGCAGCCCGCGCGGCGGCCGGCACGGUCGCACCAUCUCGUCGUCAUUUCGUCUCAACGCUCUCUUGGCUACAGGCGCACGCCGUCUUGGUCCACAUCGGCGUCGCCAAGGCCGGAGUCAGCUGCUUCCUACGAUAGCGCAGGAAACUUUCAAACGAGCUCCUCUCCGACGUCUCGCCCUUCCUCUUGGGUCAUAAGGCAGCUGCAGCAACAUGAUGCCGCAGGAGCCGGAACCGUAUCAUCAAGUACUGGCGAACAGACCUCCGCACUAGGAGAAAUCGUGCACAGAGACUCCAUCAGUAGCGCAGGUCGCGAUCACCAGCGUCUCAGAAACUCCCAAAGCUUCGGGUUGCUGCCACGAUCUCCGCGCUCUCCUGGUGGACUCUCCGGUAGUGGGUUCGCGUACAACCCUCCGUCGACCGCGAGUGCCGUUGGCGGUCUCGAUCGCUCAACUGCUUCACCUCCGCCGACUUCGUAUCGUGCAAGUCGCGCCAAGAGUCACGAUCCCUUGGACCCGCCUUCCGGUCACUCCUCACGAGAUGGUUCUCGUUCUGAGCCUCUGCCAACCGUAGCGCAGGAGCAUGACCGAGCCGAAGCCAGUCGGGAGACACAGAGCGAGUCAUUGCAAGAAGAGGUCAAGGUACCUCGCUCACGAGAUGAUUCAGCGGAGGCAUGGCGCUCUACGGCUCGACCUGCGUCACAGUAUCGUCGACCACCGCCAAUCACUUUGUCAACGAAUUUCGCUGCCUCGACCUCUCACCAGCCUCCAUCUGCGGGCACGUUUGGCGUCCAAUCCCCGGACGCAGACCAAGGGCGAGGGGAAGCGCUCUCGGUCCAAGACGAGAAGAGUGGCUCAGUGCGCAGCGGCAAAGGACCCUCCCCAAAACAUUCCACCGCGGGUGAAGCAAAAGGUCUCAGCACGGAACAGCGAGACGGUGGCCUGCUCCCAGCGUCGAUGUCUAAUGCUGGCCUAGGUAUCACCACAAGCAGCUCAACGUCGAACGCCGCGAUGUCUAGAAGCGACUCUGGCGCCGCUUUAAGUGUUGGGUCAUCGGGUCACACGCCCGCUUUCAUGACCCCUGACUUGGUCCCUCAAACCCCCGCCACCGAGCAGCAAGCCUUCCACCUGGAUCUGCUGCCGGUAGCUACUGCCAUCGGCGUGGACGAGAACCAAGACCAUCGGCCUGUCCCCGCGUCUGAUGGCCCGGCUCGAAAUACUGAGCCGGAGUCCUCCGGAAUGGCCUUACUCGGCUCCGCUUUGCGGUCUCAGUUCGCUCUAUAUUUCUCGAGCAACACAAGUCUGCCUCUUUCGAGCGGCUCUGCUCAAGCUACUGGGGGGCAUUCGGCUUCACCCGAUGCCGAACCAAAUUCUUCGAAUCCGCAGCUUGCCAGAUUGCGUCUGAAGCAGAGCAAGUCAUCACUGUGGUCGCGAAUGCGAUCCCGUGAGGCAUUGCGGCCCAGCACAGCUCACAGCGAGAUGGGCUCGAGAGCAGCGACCGUGGGACGUCCCAGCUCAGAGUUGGAAUAUACUGGCGUCCAAUUUUGGGAUCGACGGGGAAGUGCUGCAGAUUUCGGAGCGCAUGGUGCGCCAUCGACUGACGUACUUCAAGAACCUCGGACAGCCGAUGCUGAGCCCCCAAACACCCCGCUGAAGGCCAGAGCGGUGCGCUCUCCGGCAUCAAGCGCUUCGAACGCGCCUCAGAGAAGCAUCUCGAUCCGCUCUGGGCCACCUCUCGUCGGGCUUGGCAUCACGCAGACGCCUGAAAGACCCGUGUCUAUCCUGCGCCGCGGGUCUGCCCACGACGCAAUCUCAGCUGUGAAUGAUGCCACUCGUGAAAGGCUCGGUGCCUCCGCGGACAUUGGGCCUAGUGCCCCACGAGAUUCCUCGGCAUCGGCUGGUAGCAGCAGCGGACCACGUUGGAGCGGAAGUGGGGGACAUCAUAGCAUUGGGAACCUCUCUGGGAACUUCUCCCAUCUGAGCUUUGUCCAAGGGCCUGCAGGAGGAAGACGCAUGAGCCGGGCCAGCGACGACAUGCCAGAAGCUGCCGCAAUUCCUGCAUAUGCUUUGUCAGCCAGACAUGCUAGGAUGCAGCGCCUGAGCAUGAUCGAAAGUCAUCGAGGGGAGGUCUCAUCCGUAGAUCCUGCCUCGCAAAGCUCUGCCGUGGAAGAGCACGACCGUCGACGCUCGACCCGGCGUCCCACGAGUCUAGUGGCUUCCGAGCGCCCUCCACGUAGCCUGGAUGCAAAUAGCAGCCUCAGCAGACGUUCUGUUGAUGCGCGAAGCUCCGAAGCAGAAGGCUUCGCUUACAUGGCCAAUCGCGGUCCGAUUCUUCCCAACGCAUUUCAGCACGUCGACCAUCAAGUACUGAGCGCCGAGGACUUCCGUGCGAUGAUUGCAUCCAUCCCGCAUGCAGCAGUUGCUGGAUCGUAUACUUCGAAGCGAGAGGCAGUCGGAUCCACGUGGGGCAAGACGCACGCGCGGAUGCUUUGCUUUUCCCUGUUUCAAGUAGCCUUUGCUGCUCUUUGGGGCGUUUUCGAGGCUCCUUACCUUGCUCAAGCCGUUCAUCCCUCCGUGGUCGCGGUGCAGGGGUAUCUGUUCCUUGGGAUGAUGGUCAACUUUGUUGUAGCGCUCUUUAGAGAACCAGGCGCCUUGCCCAAGGCCCUUGACAGCGAUCCCCCUUAUGGCGCUAACCGUGCGUUUGCAUCGCCCAUUCCCGGCGCCGAUCAGGACGGCCGGACAACGCCAGCGCCCCAGAAUUCGGAUGCGGUGGUACUUGAUCUGGACGAAGACUCGCCAAGAAGACGUCUUGCCAUCGCAAAGCUGCGACAACAGCUGCGCGGCGCUGCGGCUUCCGCCUUGCCCCGGGCUAUGGCUGGCGAUACGCAAGCGCAGGGCUCAGGUCUCCAGCUUCGAGUAGGUGGAACCACGAGCGAAAAUGUUGCGAAGCGCGAGGCGCAGACCGCAGAAUCCAAAAUCAGACCACCAAAGGGCGAGCAAGCUGCGGACCAAGUGCAGAGCGGAAAGUGGCGCGGGCGGCGAAGGGCUUCCACAACUUCUCAAGCUAGACGUGCGACCACCCUAAUGCCGCUGCAGGUGGAGACCUCUGUUCGCGCGAUCCCCUUUGUCGAUCGUGAAGGUCAGAAGACGUGGCUGAUAUACGAAGGCGAUGAUGCAGACCGCUUCACGAGGCGGCAUCGAAUCCUGAGGCCACUUGGACUCUCCGGUAAACACCUCAUCAAAGUCGUUCGUGGUCAAAGGUUGGCCGGUCACUCUUUGCCACCGUUGGACAUCGAGAAGGAGCCUUUGCCCAAAAGCGUGAUGGUGCGCGGUGGCGCAGUCAUGCGUACUCGAUGGUGUGCCGCCUGCAGACUGUAUCCUCCGCCCGGCGCACAUCAUUGCGUGACUUGCGAUCGCUGCGUACAGAACCUGUCCUACCACACGGACUGGCUGGGCAGCGAUGUCGGCAUACGUAAUCUGGCCGCCUUCAUUGGCUUUUUGAUUUUCGCCUUUCUCGCGCUCAGCUACACGGUCGUAUUUGCAGCACUGCACCUGGCUCACGUUGCACAUUUGAACGCUACGGAACCCAGACCUCCCGGUCUUGCCGUCUUUCCCGACGAGCGAGGUUCAUUCGCUCGAGCACUGCGCGCAUCUCCAAUUAGCGGCCUGCUCUUCGCUUCCGGUCUUUGCUUCAUCUUCCUAGCGCUCCUUCCUCGCAUCUAUCUCCACCUGCAAUGCGCCCUCUCAGGCGAGACGCUCAUUUCGCACAAGUUCAGAAAGAGCAUAGGCAAGCGGUGGAAGGUGAAACCGCCACCACCACCAAUGGCAGCCAGUUCUAGGUUGAAGAAUGCCUUGCAAAGCUUGUGUCUGCCUAUCAUCAGCCUUGGGCGCACAGGCGACCAAUCGUCAAUCUCGGCCAAGUAA